AUGCCUGAGACCAAGCCUGAACACUCGACCACGGUCUUUUCGACCCGAAUUUCUUACUGGCGUCUAUUGACUGAUCAUGGUGUCCUCACCCAGGAGGUGCUGGACUACGAGUAUGCUGGGUCAGGCACUGAGGAGGACCCUUACGCCGUGGCUUGGAUCCCCAACGAUGCGCGCAACCCGCAACUCUUUAGCGGCGCCCGAAAAGUCUCGAUCACUCUCACAGCGGCCUUCGCCAGUCUGAUUGUGUCGCUGGCAUCCUCGGCCUAUAGCGGCAGCUUGAGUGAAAUCAUUGCUGACUUCCAAGUUAGCACCCCCGUCGCAACACUCGGCCUCUCCCUCUAUGUACUGGGAUUCGCCAUCGGCCCCUUAUGCUGGGCUCCCGUGGGUGAAGUCUAUGGUCGCCAGAUCUCCUUUUUCAUCAGCCUGCUCUCGAUGGCGGCAUUUCUGGCGGGCUGUGCGGGAGCUCGGAAUAUCUGGACGCUCUGCAUUCUGCGUUUUUUGGCCGGGUCUUUUGGCUCGGCGCCGUUGACCAACGGCGGCGGCACCAUCUCGGAUAUCUUCAGUGCGAAGCAGCGGGGGCUCGGCCUUAGUCUCUACGCCGCUGCUCCCUUUCUGGGUCCGUCCUUGGGUCCGAUCAUUGGGGGGUUUCUAGGCAUGAAGGCUGGCUGGAGAUGGGUUGAGGGUCUGUUGGCCGCCACAGCAGGAUUCGUCUGGAUCCUCUCAACUGUGCUGACUCCAGAAACCUAUGCGCCGGUGCUUCUCCGCAAGCGGGCUUUAGCCCUUUCGCGUGUAACGGGGAAAUUCUACCGGAGUAAGAUCGACAUGGAAAAAGGCCCGGUCUCGGCGAGCGAACUCUUGAAAAAGACCUUAUCUCGGCCCUGGGUCCUGCUUUUCAAAGAGCCGAUUGUUCUGCUCUCUGCAAUUUACGUGGCACUGGUAUACGGUACCCUUUAUAUGUUCUUUGCAGCCUUCCCAAUUGUGUUUGAAGAUAUCCGGGGGUGGAACCCCGGUGUGGGAGGCCUGUCCUUCUUGGGAAUCAUGGUCGGGAUGAUCAUCGGCAUCAUCUACACUCUCCCAGCCAACCUGCACUAUAUUAAAGUCCAAGGCGAACAUGGAGGCUACGCGCCCCCCGAAACACGGCUGCUGAUGUGCAUGCCGGGGGCAUUGGCCAUCCCGAUCAGCCAAUUCUGGUUUGCCUGGACGAAUUACUCGUCCAUCCACUGGAUUGUGUGCAUCAUCGGGACGGCGCCCUUUGGCUUCGGGGUGAUUCUCAUCUAUCUGGGGUGCAUGAACUAUCUGAUCGAUUCGUACACGCUCUAUGCGGCAUCCGUCCUGGCGGCGAAUGCGGUGCUGCGCUCCAUCUUCGGCGCGGUGCUGCCCAUCGUCUCUACCUGGAUGUACGACGGCGUGGGGAUUCACUGGGCACCGUCGAUCCCGGCCUUUACAUCGCUCUUGUUCAUGCCGUUUCCUUUCUUCUUUUAUAAAUAUGGGGCGCAGAUCCGUGCCCGGUGCAAGUAUGCCGCAGAGUCGCAUCGACACAUGCAGAAGCUCGUAGAGAAUACUGCGCAGGAGCGAAAGGAGCGAGCGUCCACAACCAUGCCCAGCAACCCUGUGGGCAUCUCUCCACUGGAAAUUGAGCGGGUCUCGACGGUACAGUCCGUGUAA